CCGACGCGAACAAACCGACAGAGGAAACGUUGCUAACUUUUAAAUGUCGUCACCAGCGGUCGCGGUUCUCUAGCUCAGAUUCCCUUCGACUUUCCGUAGUGAAUCAAUCCGCGGCAUGUGGCGGCUCGCGUCCGAGAACUGAAGAACAGCCGAAGAGCGCAGCGCGGUACGUGAAGGCCUCCGAAGAAAGUUUGGUCGCGGGCCUGUAAACAACAUGUCCUCCGCCUCGCAGUCCUCCUCCAGACGGCAAUGGUGCUACCUCUGCGAUCUGCCCAAGAUGCCCUGGGCCAUGCUGUGGGAGUUCAGCGAGGCCGUGUGCCGGGGCUGCGUCAACUACGACGGCGCGGACCGAAUCGAGCUCCUCAUCGAGACCGCCCGGCAGCUGAAGAGCACGCACGGGGUUUUAGACGGCAGGUCCCCGGGUCCUCAGCAGAGCAAACCCAGCUCGUCCGGGCCCGUGGAGGCAGGGCGGCAGCAUGGAGAGCGCCUGGACAGGGGGAGGGGUGAGUAUGGGGUGUCCUCUCGCCUCCCGAACGGGCUGCACAGAGCCGAAGAUGUGGCCUUGUCCGAGGGCAGCCGGCAGAGUCCGAACACUCGUCGGGCAAUAGCCGGGCCAGUUCCCGGUCUCCACGGCACCAUAUCCCACGCAUUGCUAGCCCAGGGGUUAGUCGCGACCCCUCACGGGCUGCUAGCCCCUCUGUCGAGCUCCAGGGGUGGCACCACACCUCUGGCAGUCUCAGCACCUAUCAUGGGUGAUGCUGGAAGACGGCAGGCUGUGUCUCUGAGCGUGGGGGCUAGCACCUCUGCUCUGGUGGGUAUAGAUCCUGCGUUGUGGAGGAACAAUGAAGUGAUGAGUGAACUGAAUGAGAUUUCUCGCAGCAGGGUUGAAGGCUGGCCAAACCGCCCCAAAGCAGUCAGGGACGUGCUGGUAGCUCUCAGCAGCUGUGUCCCCUUCAAUGUGCGCUUCAGGAAAGACCACAACCUGAUGGGCCGGGUGCUGGCCUUCGAUGCCAGCGCGACCCCGGAGUUUGACCUCAAGGUGUUUGUGGAGUAUCCUUCCGGGUCAGGAAUGAUCUUCUCAGGAGUCCCAGACCUGGUCAGGCAGAUGUUCCGCGACUCGGCCAAAGAUGCAGGUAAAGCGGUGAACUCUGGGCUGCGAUAUGUGGAGUAUGAGAAGCGGCAGGGCACAGGAGACUGGCGUGGGUUGGCCGAGCUGCUGAAUGAUGGCGUGCGGAUGUUUAAAGAGCCCCCAAUCCCAGAGGUUCUGCCACAGCCAGAUGUGGUGUUGCCCAUGGCAGCCGCUGGACGCCCUUUGCAGGCAAAGAGCACAGCUCGCCGCCGCAAGGCUUCUCCAGGCUCGGAGAAUGGAGAGAGCGAAGGGAGGCCUGAACAUAACGCGAGAGAGCCCUGGCCCAGAGGUGCUUACUCAGGCAUGGAACCGCUUCCUGGCAUGGCUGCCCCUCAAGAAGGCCCGCCCCGUUUACACAGCCAGCCCUCACCCAUCUCAGCACUCAUGGGAGUCGCAGACAGUCUGAGCUCCAGUCAGAUGGCCAGAGAGAGCCCCAGCAUGUCCACAGCCCACUCCUCCUCAGCUGGGCGUCCCACCAGCAGCAGUCCCUCCACCGCCUCCACCUCAGUCUCCCAGGCAUCCAUGGGGCAGGGCUUAAAUUCGGUGGGGCCCAGCAGCAACCCCACCGCCGGCGAGUCAUCCAGCGGUGCUCAGGGCACCUUGCUCUGCUGCACCCUCUGCAGAGAGCGCUUGGAGGACACUCAUUUUGUCCAGUGUCCCUCUGUCCCGCACCACAAGUUCUGCUUCCCCUGUACCCGGGGUUUCAUCCGCAGCCAAGGUCAAGGAGGUGAGGUGUACUGCCCCAGUGGGGAGCGCUGUCCCCUGGCUGGAUCCACCGUGCCUUGGGCCUUCAUGCAGGGAGAGAUCUCGACCAUCCUGGCCGGAGACGGAGAUGUGACAGUAAAGAAGGAGAGCGACCCUUGACCUCUCCAUCCUGUUGUGGUGAAUGGUAAGAUGUGGAUCAAACACUUUGAAAGCACUUCCCUAUUAUCUCAAGCAGAAGUCCUCUGGCUGCAGUUCAUCAUUUGUGCCUCUGAGAACACAAUAACUCUGAACCCCUGCAGGACAGCGACACACACACACACACAAAACACACACAGUCAACUCAAGACUCACUCGUGAGUGGCGGGACAUGUCCUUCCUGUCAGGGCUCGGCACACCUGCGAGGGACUACCGAACGUUGAGUCCCGACCACGUUUCUCCCUCUCUCGUGUGUCCAGCGCAGCAGACUCCUCAUCUGGCCUCGUUUCAAAGCCCAGGAUUCAAAGCACAUGCUUGAUUUUUUUAAAGAAUGACAAUCUCUUCUGUCUUUCGUUUGUGUGUUUGUCAUAUAUGUUUCAUAUUGUCCUACACAGAUGGGUGACAGCGAUAGUAAUGGAUGGUUUCACAGAAUCCUACAAUUCUAAACAAAUGAAUGUUAAAAAUGUGGCAAAAACCAUUGGGUCCUUAAAGCCAAGGAUUAAAAAAUGUAAUCCCAUACUAUGUCUCUUAGGUAUUCUCCCUAUAUUGUAUGUCAAAAAUGUGAAUUUACUUUCAAUAUGGCUAUGUAAUUUCUAUUUUUGAUACAAUACAAAUUUAUAUGUAUUUGUUUAUAGUGAUAAGAAGACCAAAGAUGGCUUCAUGCGCAAUGUAAUUUUAUUGUAUUGUAGCUGUGUAUGCUGUAUUCACUGAUAACCUUGGCAUCAGUCACUAAUUUGUUCAUCUAUCACAGACGUAAGCUUGUUUUGUCUAUUUACUUUUUGACUUGUAUGUAUGAUGAAAUAAUUAGCACCACAAUCUUCAAUGGUUAACCCACAUACUCAUGUGAUCUUAACAGGUCAAUUCUACAAUAAAUUACAAAAUAGUUA